UUCUUCCUUCAGAGCCCUUCAUGUCUUCUUCUCUUCCCUCUAUCCACCACCGCUCAGCCACUUACUUCUUUCUCUUCGCUUUCAACAAUCCAUAAACCCGCAGUUAUUUAUCUUUGCUACUUUCCAUCCAACGAUCAUGUUCGGAACCACUCCACCAUCACUUUACCACCAUAUGCCGUCCAAAAGCGGAAACUCAUCAUUCGCCAUGACUGAGUAUGACCACCCUACUCCGCGUGGAUCUGAACAGAGUCCUCCUACUCCAGCUACAACUCCCGAGGCUGAACAGACUCUUUCCACCACGCCCACUGUCGUGGCUGAAUUGACUCCCUCCACAACGCCUACUUUCGUGUCGGAAGAGAUUCUCCCGUCUACACUUGAGACUCCCAUAGAUGAGACACCCAAGGAACCGUGCAUCUCUUUCGAACAGGACUUCGACCCCACUGCCAACAUGCAUGACCAAGCUCGCCGCUUGGUGCAAGACCGUCUCGCCCAAGGAUUCGAUCGGUCAGAACUCUUGAUCGAGCAACUAAUCCUUAGAGAGAAGGCAAAGGUUCGACAGAUUCCAGGGCACGACGAUCGUGACGGACCGUUGAGUGACAUCUGGAGACAUGCACCCGAUGUGCAGUCGCCGGAGUUUCACUUUUACACAGCCAUCAUUUUCAGGCUUGAACAGAAUCCGGUCCUCUCCACCACCCGCAAGGGAACACCAUCACAGCUCCCAACGUCGACCGGCCGCACUAACAAUAAUCAAAGAGCGCGCUGCGUUAUGUUUUAGAUGUAGGAUGCAAGGAACUUGGUGGUUUUGCCCUUGUGUUGGCAAACGAAAAUCAGAGGAACAGCUUCUUCACCUACACAUACACACAUACACACUUGCCUCACGGCCACAUAGAUACCUUGGGCAUGGCAUAGCGAGAUUCAAUUAUUUUCGGCAUCUUCCAUUCUCGUUUC